GCCCGCAGCUCCGCGCCCGCGCCCCAGGCCGCCCGCUCGACGGGGAGCGCGCCAUGGCCGCCCCGGACCUGUCGGCCAACCUCCAGGAGGAGGCCACCUGCGCCAUCUGCCUCGACUACUUCACGGACCCGGUGAUGACCGACUGCGGCCACAACUUCUGCCGCGAGUGCAUCCGGCGCUGCUGGGGCCAGCCCGAGGGCCCGUACGCCUGCCCCGAGUGCCGCGAGCUGUCGGCGCUGCGCAACCUGCGGCCCAACCGCCCGCUCGCCAAGAUGGCCGAGAUGGCGCGGCGCCUGCACCCGCCGUCGCCCGUGCCGCAGGGCGUGUGCGCCGCGCACCGCGAGCCGCUGGCCGCCUUCUGCGGCGACGAGCUGCGCCUGCUGUGCGCCGCCUGCGAGCGCUCGGGCGAGCACUGGGCGCACCGCGUGCGGCCGCUGCAGGACGCGGCCGACGACCUCAAGGGGAAGCUGGAGAAGUCGCUGGAGCACCUGCGGAAGCAGAUGGAGGACGCGUUGCUGUUCCAGGCCCAGGCCGAGGAGACUUGCGCCCUGUGGCAGAAGAUGGUGGACAGCCAGCGGCAGAACGUGCUGGGCGAGUUUGAGCGGCUGCGCCGCCUGCUGGCCGAGGAGGAACAGCGGCUGCUACAGAAGCUGGAGGAGGAGGAGCUGGAGGCUCUGCCCCGGCUGCGGGAGGGAGCAGCCCGGCUGGGCCAGCAGAGUGCACAGCUGGCCCAGCUCAUCGCGGAGCUGGAGGGCCGCUGCCAGCUGCCCGCACUGGGGCUGCUGCAGGACGUCAAGGAGGUACUGCACAGGGUCCAGGACGUGAAGCUGCAGCCCCCGGAGGUGGUGCCCAUGGAGCUGCGCACGGUGUGCAGGGUCCCAGGGCUGCUGGACACCCUGCGGCGCUUCCGAGGGGAUGUGACCCUGGACCCAGACACAGCCAACCCUGAGCUGGUCCUGUCCGAGGACAGGCGGAGUGUGCAGCGGGGGGACCUGCGGCAGCCCCUGCCCGACAGCCCCGAGCGCUUCGACCCCGGCCCCUGCGUGCUGGGCCAGGAGCGCUUCAGCUCGGGCCGGCACUACUGGGAGGUGGAGGUUGGGGACCGUGCCAGCUGGGCCCUGGGCGUGUGCAGGGACAACGUGGACAGGAAGGAGAAGGGUGAGCUGAGCGUGGGCAACGGGUUCUGGAUCCUGGUCUUCCUGGGCAGCUACUACACCUGCCCUGAGCGCGCCUUUGCCCCCCUGCGGGACCCACCACGGCGCGUGGGCGUCUUCCUGGACUACGAGGCCGGCCUGCUGUCCUUCUACAGCGCCACCGACGGCUCGCUGCUCUUCGUCUUCCCACAGACCCCCUUCUCGGGCACGCUGCGGCCCCUCUUCUCGCCGCUGUCCAGCAGCCCCACCCCGAUGACCAUCUGCCGGCCAAAAGCUGGGCCAGGGGAGCUCGCUGCUCCGCAGUGACCUGGGCCGGCCCCAGAAGUGGCAGUCCUGUGCGCAGAGGGAGGCCGGGGUGGCGCCUUUGCUAGCGCGCUCAGGGAGACGGCGGGCAGCUGUGGGUUCUGUCCACCCCGUGGGUGCCACUUGGUACCUGCCGGUUCACAGGGGUCAUGAGCCCUGCACAGAGAAAGCAAUCCAGGACCUGCCCAAGCUGCUGGCUGCCUGGCCCCCAAAGCCCUCACCGGGUGUGGUGCUGUGGCUCUGUGGAGUUGGCAGCCCACUAGGCCUCGGGAGCAGAACAGAUCCUGGGUGUGGCAGGACCCUGAGCCACUGCUCGCCCUCCCACCCAGGGCUGUGUACUCCCAGCUGCCUGCCCAGAGAAGAGGAGCUGCAGGCACCCCUAGGCUCAUAGAAUCCAGGCUUGUUUUUGUGUUAAGGUUUGGGGUUUUCUUACUGUUUUAUUUAUUUUAAGGAAAGCAUUUCCACAUUAAACAGAUGUCCACCACCAUCCAUGGUCCUGCUCUUUGCCCCAUGCGUACAGCCACUGGCCAAGGGAAUCGUGAAAGACACAGGAGGGUCCGGUGACACAGGUGAGCCCCCACGGGGAGCUGGCCUGGCGUAUUCCACACCACCUGGGAGACCUCGAGCAGUUUGGUGGUUCUGUGUGAGCAUGCUGUGCGGAAAGGCCCUGGGAGUCUGCCCAUGCAGUGUGGCUGCUGAUGGGGCAGCGUCGGGCGAGACAUGGACACGCACCCUGGAGGCUGAGAGGCACUGGUUUCCAGGUGGAGCUCCCAUCCCACCGCACACUCCUCGGUGGCCCAGGUGAGAGGCUCCUGGAAUGGGGUCCCCAGCAAGCGACAGGGCCAUGGAGGUAACAAAGGCGUGAGUGGGAUCAGUGUUCCUACAGAAGGGGCCCCAGAGAGGUUCCCCCUUGCGAGGUGAGGCCUCAGCAGGAGCCAUGCCCAUUCCCUGAUGCCGGGCACCAGGGUGUUCCCCUGAGGAUCUUGGGUUAUCAGAAGAAACUGGCCCGGUCACGAGCCCGUUACCAGAAAGUUGGCACAUCACGGGCUAUUUAUUUUUAUUUGAAAGGCAGAGUUGGAGUGAGUUUCCAUUCACUGAGUCACUUCCCAAAUGGCCGAAGCCAGGAGCUUCGUCCAGGUCCCUCUCAUGGGUGGCAGAGGCCCAAGCACUUGGAAUCUCCUCCACUGCUUUCCCAGGCCUUUAGAGAGCUGGACCGGAAAUGCAGCAGCCAGGACUCGAACCAGUGCCCAUUUCUGGCAUCAACUGUGUCUGAACCCAGUGUGCCACAGCACCAGCAACAGGGAUGGAUUUUAACUGAGCAGCAGCAAUGUUUGUAACAAAAACAUGUACACAGGGCAGCACUGUGGCAUAGUAAAGCUGCCGCCUGCAGUGCUGGCAUCCCAUGUGGGCACUGGUUCAAGUCCCAGCUGCUCCACUUCCGAUCCAGCUCUCUGCUAUGGCCUGGGGAAGCAGUGGAAGAUGCCCCAAGUCUUUGGGCCCCUGCACCUGGGUGGGAGACCCGGAAGAAGCUCCUGGCUUUGGAUCAGCCCAGCUCCAGUUGCAGCCAAUUGGAGCAUGAACCAGUGGAUGGAAAAACCUCUCUCUGCCUCUCUAAC